AUGAGAAAAUUCGUAUUUGUUUUUUCGCAAGUACAUGCUGAUUUCCGACUUGCUGAAGUAGAAAGUAUUUGCAAUUUGUAUGGGAUCUUGUGUGGUAACAACAUUUCAUUACUUUGUAAUCAGCGGCAUGUUUAUGUGUUCGAAUUUCCAUGUAUUGACGAUGUAGUAGCAAUACUUUCACGAUCAGUUCUUAUAAAAUUUGCAGUAGAAUUGAUAGCAAGCUGCAGUGAUUACGACGAAUUAUGUGCAAAUAUUAAGAAAAGAAGGCAUGAUAUGAAAAACUACGAUUCAACCAACCAGUCUUUUGCCAUACGCAUACAGUCUAUUGGAAGAAGAUGCAACCACUUUGCUGUUCAAAGCAUAAUUGCGGAUAUUGGCAAGGCACUUGAUUUUAAGGAAUCUCCGGUAGAUUUGAAUAGUCCAUGUAACACAUUUUAUGUUAUCGAAGAAUAUGAUUCAAUACAGAGGCUUCAUUUUGGGAAAUUGAUAGGGCGUGGCCAAGGUCAAUUGAAGAACGACUAUUCCUUGGCUGAACGAUGUUAUAUUGGUAAUACAACGAUAGAUCCAGAAUUAUCAUUCCUUCAAGCUAAUAUAGCAAAAGCGGAUAUUGGCUCUCUUGUCCUUGAUCCAUUCUGUGGAACGGGUGGGCUGUUGAUUGCUGCUGCACAUUUUGGUGCUGCUGUUUUAGGAAGCGAGAUAAAUUAUCAAAUUGCCAGAGCUUCCGGUAGGUCGUCACGUGCUGGCGUCAAAUGCAAUACAGCUAAGGAAUCAGUUGCUGCAAAUUUUCAGCAGUAUGGAACAGAUGUUUAUUUCAUGGGUUUGGUGAUAGCAGAUUCCAGUCAGCACUUAUUAUGGCACCCUGGCAUGCAUUCCAGCACUCUUCCUGUAUUUGAUGCAAUAAUCACCGAUCCACCUUAUGGAGUUAGGGAGAAGGGACAGAAGGUUGGCAUCAAAGGAAAGGAGUCGUGGAUAGUCAAAAAUACUGAGCAUGCGAUUCAUUACCCCGAAAAAGCGAAAUAUUCCAUUUCCUCAACAUUCCUUGAUCUCAUCGAUCUUGCCAGCAAAUUACUAGUUGUUGGUGGACGUUUGUUAUUUUGGUUUCCAGUGUUCCAUGAUGAAUAUUCGGAAGCAAUUUUGCCAAAACACGAUGCGAUGAAAUUGAUUUAUAAUUGUGAGCAGUCACUUUCCCGAAGAUAUUCGAGGCGAUUGCUUGUGUACGAAAAGCUAAGAAUGGUGAAGGAUGAUGAGAAGACAUAUAUUGAGAGGGAUUGUUAUGAAAAUAUAACUUUUCGACAACGUGUAUUUAUGAAGCAUUGA